AUGGCGUUUGGAGGUGCAGAUAUCAAGGGACUUGGUCAGUUUGAUCCGACCGGAGACGCCAGUGUUGUGAGUGAAAGAUGGCAGCGCUGGUAUGAGGAGUUUGAUGCGUACGCAGAUAGCCUCGGUGUGUUUGUCGACGGGGCAGAGCCGGCGCAGUUGACUCGACGUAGAGCCUUGAUGAUGUACUCGGCUGGAGCGGCUGUGCGGGAAGUUUUCAAGACCCUUGAGGAUACUGGCACCAAGGCAGAUUAUGACAAGGCUGUGAACGCUUUGGAGAAGCAUUUUGUUGUGCAGUCAAAUUCUACCUUUCAGCGUCAUGUUUUCAGACAGAUUACUCAGCAGGCGGAUGAGACUGUGUCGCAGAUGGUGACACGGCUUAAGAAGGCAGCAGAAGGCUGUGCUUUCAGAGAUGAUUUGGAGAACCAGAUUCGUGAUCAGGUCGUUCAAGGGUUGCGGUCAUCUAGACUGCGAAGGAAACUUUUGGAAAAGGGUACUGCACUCACCCUAACUGCAACCUUGGCGAUAGCAGCGUCACUUGAGGCCGUGGAGGCCAUGGAUUCUCAAUUCAGAAAACUGUCAUCGGUGGAAGAGUUUCCUAGCUCUAGUUCCCAGGUCCGUCAGGUCAGUAAUGAAACCCGUGAAUGCUUUAAUUGUGGGAGAACUGGGCACAGUUAUAAGGACUCGACAUGUCCAGCCAAGGGACGGAUAUGCCACACAUGUGGGAAAAAGGGACACUUCGCCACAAAGUGCAGGGAUGGUUCAGGGAAGAAGGAGCAGACAAGUGGACCAAGCUUUAAACCUAGAGGAAAAUGGGGACAGAAAAGGCAAGGUCACAAAGUGCGACAAGUGGAUGAAUGCACAUGUCACUGUCAGAAUAAGCAAGGUGAUGAACAGAACCAUAGUGAUGAUAGUGAGAGAGGAUAUGCAUUCGCUAUUGAUACUGACAAGUGUGAAAAGGUGCCUGUUGUGAUUGGAGGAGUACCAGUUGAUAUCAUAGUAGAUUCUGGAAGCACUGCGAAUAUCAUUGACAGAGCAUUAUGGGAGUUCCUGAAGACAGAGAAAAUUACAUGCUCAUCCCGAAGGUGUAACAAAAAGCUCUAUCCGUAUACUUCUGUAGAGCCACUUCAGACCAUUGGAUGUUUUAAAGCUGUGGUCAAGGCAGGUGAGAGAAGUGUAGAAGCUGAAUUUGUUGUCAUUGCAGAGAAAGGUGAACCACUGAUGAGUAGAAAAACGGCAUUAGCCCUUGGUGUGCUACGGAUCGGGAUUGAUGUGAACUCUGUGAAAUCAUAUGUAGAUAUGAGAGAAGAAUUCAAGCCAGUAUUCCAAGGCGUUGGAAUACUGCGUGAUCGACAAAUCAAGCUGAAAGUUGAUCCCGAGAUUAGACCUGUAGCCCAGCCAGUUCGAAGAACACCAUUCGGUUUGAGAGACAGAGUGAAGGAGAAGAUCCAGGAACUAGUCGAGCAAGACAUUAUAGAGCCUGUGGAAGAACCUACACCGUGGGUUAGUCCUGUAGUCAUAGUACCCAAGCCUAAUGGAGAUAUCCGGAUAUGCAUUGACAUGAGGCGGGUCAAUGAAGCCAUUGUGAGGGAGAGACAUCCGAUACCGACAGUGGAUGAAAUACUCCAAGAGUUGUCAACAAGCAAGGUGUUCUCAAAAAUUGAUCUAAAAUGGGGAUAUCAUCAGUUGGAGUUAGAUCCUGAAUCCCGAAAGUUGACCACGUUUGUAACACAUUGCGGACUAUACCGUUACAAGAGAUUGUUAUUCGGUGUGAAUGCAGCACCUGAGAUCUAUCAGCACGAGAUCCACAAAGUGCUUCAAGGACUACCUGGUGUUGCAAACAUUUCUGAUGACAUCAUCAUUCAUGGUGCCACGCAGGAAGAGCAUGAUGAGAGGCUUCGACAGACCUUGACACGAUUGAAAGAUGCAGGAUUAACGGCCAAUGCAGAAAAGUGCCUGUUUGGUGUGUCCGAGUUAGUAUUCAUGGGACACAAGUUGACAAAGGACGGCAUCAACCCCACCAAGGCCAAGAUUGAGGCUGUAGCAAACGCAUGUGAGCCAAAGAAUGCAAGUGAAGUACGAAGUUUCCUGGGCCUAGUGAACUUUUGUGCAAGGUUCAUCCCAAACUUGGCAACGGUGGCGGAACCUCUUCGGAGGCUGACUAAGAAGGAUCAGAAAUUUGAGUUUGGCAUGGAACAGAAGCAGGCUUUUCAAACACUGAAGGACAGUUUGAGUAGUGCCCAUACUUUGGGUUACUUUGAUCUAAAGGCCCCCACGCAAGUUAUUGCAGAUGCCAGUCCUGUGGGACUUGGAGCUGUGUUAGUGCAGAAGCAAGAUGGUGAAUACAGAAUUAUAGCCUAUGCAAGCCGUUCUUUGACAGCAGUUGAGCAAAGGUAUUCACAAACAGAGAGGGAGGCGUUGGGACUCGUAUGGGCGUGUGAACACUUUCACGCGUAUUUGUACUGGAACGAGUUUGAAUUAUUGACGGAUCAUAAGCCACUAGAAGCAAUCUACUCACCCAGAUCCAAACCAUGUGCACGUAUUGAACGAUGGAUGCUUCGACUUCAGCAGUACAGAUACAGAGUAGUGUACAUAGCUGGGAAGACGAACAUCGCGGAUUCGCUAUCUAGGAUGCUGGAUGUGGAUAAACUGAGAAGCUCUACAUUGGAGGAUGAAGCAGAGUCAUUUGUUAGAUUUGUUGCCACACACUCUACCCCGAGGGCAAUGAGGACAAGAGAGAUUGAGGAAGAAUCUGACAAAGAUCCAGAGUUGUUAGAUUUGAGGGAAAGAAUCCAGAAGGGCGAUUGGAAUACAUGUCCAUACAAGGUGUAUUCAGCCAUCAGGGACGAGCUGUGCAUCAUUGGGAGAUGCGUACUGAGAGGGAGUCGACUUGUAAUACCAACUCAGUUGAGACCAAGGAUGAUAGCGUUGGCUCAUGAAGGUCAUUUGGGAAUUGUUGGCACGAAGCAAAAUCUCCGAUCUAAAGUGUGGUGGCCCGGCAUGGAGAAGGAAGUUGAACGCUAUGUAAAAUCUUGUCAUGGGUGCCAGAUUGUAAGCAGACCCAGUCCACCUGAGCCAAUACGAAGUACGCUCUUACCAGCUGGUCCAUGGGAGGAUGUCGCAGUAGAUUUUUUGGGACCACUACCAUCUGGUGAAUCAAUUCUAGUGAUCAUUGACUAUUACAGUAGAUAUUACGAAUAUAUUGUGAUGCGAUCUACAACAGCAGAGAAGACGGUGGCAGCUCUAGCAGGGAUCUUUGCAAGACAUGGUUUGCCACUAACGCUGUAUUCUGACAAUGGGCCUCAAUUUAUCUCGCAAGUCUUUGCAGACUAUAUGAGGCUGACAGGUGUACACCACCAUAGGGUUACACCUAAGUGGCCUCAGGCAAAUGGUGAGGUUGAGCGACAGAACCAAUCCCUCGAGAAGAGAAUGAGAAUUGCUCAUUCAGAAGGCAAAGACUGGAAGGAGGCGCUGUUGUCAUAUGUUGCAGCAUACAGAGCUACACCACAUAGCACAACAGGUAAAAGCCCAGCUGAGCUACUCUUCGGACGGAAGAUCAGGACAAAGUUACCUGUUAUCAGUGAAUCUCUAAAUGACCAAGAGAUCAGAGACCAGGACGCUGAGAGCAAAGGUGCAUCAAAACUGUAUGCAGACUCUAAGAGGGGUGCCAAACCAUCUGAGGUGGUGCCAGGAGAUGAAGUUCUGGUGAGGAGGGAAGUGUCUAGCAAAAUGGACACACCAUUUCUACCACAACCAUACACAGUUGUAUCCAGAGAGGGCAACAAGCUGACCAUUUGCUCACCAGAAGGUGUGAUGUAUGCUAGGAACACAUCACAUGUGAAGAAGUAUCAUCGACAGGGUAUUCCGUCUGACAUAGGAAUACUGCAGCCGGAAGCUGAGACUACAGAGGCCCAGGUUCCACUCUACCAUGGUGUUGGUGCUGAAUUGAUAACACCGCAGUCUGAUGUCGAGACUACUAGUGAUCAGAGCCAACAUGAGGGGACUGAGCGUCAGAUGGGAGUUCCGAAGACCGUACCAUCACCGACCCGGACAUCAAUUUGGAGCAGACCAAAACGCCAUCGUUUGAGGCCCAAGCGAUUUUCUGAUUAUUUGUUGGAAUGA